AUGGUACUAUGGCUAACAUUUUUUUUACCAUUUUUUAUCACUUUUGCUGCAUCUUUACACAAUGAUUUGCCAAAGGUAGGUGGAGAAGUUCUUCUACAUGUGGAAGCACCAUGGAAUGAUACAGACUUCAAAGCACUUUUGAUCGAGAGCAUAGCCGGGUUCAACGAAUCGCUUUAUUUACCAGCACUUGAAUUGAUAUACGGAUUGGGGGAUAGUGAAGAAGUGGAUCUUGCGAAUGAUAAAGAGGUUUAUGAAAGUGUCAUCACUGGUCUUUCAAUUGAACAAUCGGACAUCGACUUUAUCAAUUUCAAUUUGGUAUAUAAAAGAUUUGCUCCAAGAGUUAUUGCCCAUUACAAUCAUUACGAACAAGUUUUGCUGAAACAAAAUUUUAAUAAGCAAUUGCUUGUGCAUUGUGAAAAAGACCUGUUUGGAGAAAUUGUUGAGAAGAAAAAUGGCGAAAUUCCUGCUUGGGUCUCAUAUAAUAAUGAGAUAUACUGCUCAGUGAGCGAUUUGUUUGCACUCAAGACAAUUAGAGGCGGUGGAAGCAAUAACAGAAAUAGUGACAGCGAUAGGGAUAUCAAUAUUUCAAUAUCAAACGAUAGAAAAGGACAUACUUUGUUUGAUCGCGUUAUUGGAAUCAACAAGGGUGCACCUUUAGUUCAAUUUUAUGGUGAUCCGUCUGCAGAAUCUACGCAAAGGUUUUUGAGUUUGUUACAUCAAGAAGCUAUUGCAGGAAAACUUCAGUUUGUUUGGCGAUAUGUUCCACUAGGCAGCCCUAAAAAGCGUAACUUUUUAGCAGGGUAUUCAUGCGAAUUGGUUAAAUUGGAUACUAUUGGCUCGGAACCAAAUUCAAGUACAUUGAGUUUGCAAAAAAACUUUGCAGAAAUUGCAAAUUCAAGUACCUGUGUGGAAUCUACUGCAAUAACAACAACAAUAACAACAACAACAACAACAACAGCGAAAAAGACAAAAUCAGAAACAAAAACAAAUUUGGAUACCUUAAACGAAAUUGGUUAUAAACUUACUUCUUUUGUCCUUUUUAACAAAUAUUCUAUAUCCAAAGUUGAUGUAUUACGAACUAUAGUAAACAACUUUCCAAAGUUUCUUUACUUUCUUGACAAAUUUCCAGAGAACUACCAUGUUCGAAAGGUGAAAACCAAGGCCAUUGAGAAUGAAAAUAUGGGAUUGCUGCGUGAUUCAAUUGGAUUAUACAUUAACGGUUCACCAAUCCAUCAUUUGGAGCUAGACGUAUUUAAACUUGUGGAAAAGAUACAACAAGAACAGAGUAUAGUUGAAAACCUUGUGGAGCUCGGAUUUGACUCGAAACAGGCCAAAUUACUAAUACAAAAGUUUGCCUUGCUUUCAUCUGUAAAGCAAAGCCAAUUCGAUAGUGGAAAUACUAUAAUGGGGAACAAUGACAAUAGGUUUAUGGUGUUUAAGUCUUUGUUCCGCAAGUCAAAUGCACUGAAGGGUGGAGUUGUUUUUUUCAACAAUAUUGAAAAGGAUCAAAAUUAUCAAGACUACCAAGAUAACCCGUAUGCUGCUUACCUUGGCCCCGACUCUCAGACUUUGAAACCAAACCAAAUACCCCCCUUGCGUGAAAAUGUUCAUGACAUUAUUUUUGCUAUAAACUUAGCCGACAAGCAACAGCUCAAGAUAAUGUUUGCAAUGUCCAAGUUGAUAUUGGAUUCUGGUAUUCCACAACAGAUAGGAGUCCUUCCUUUAAGUGGCAGCUCUAUGGAUUUGGAUAUUGCAAACAGAUUUUAUCAUAUACUCAAGGUGCUGAAUCCACAGGAGGCGUUGGCGUUUCUUUACAAAUAUUUGGAUGAUAGCGACAAUUUUGAAAAAGUUUUUGAAAAAGUGGAUCUUGAGAAAAACUUCAACGUUAAUCUCAACACUAUUCCCGAGAAAUAUUCUAUUUUUAAACCAUCUGUUAUUGUCAAUGGUGUCAUAUACGACCUUUCCUUGCCCACUUGGCAAAUGUCGAUGAGUAAGCAAAUUGCACAGGAUAUCUCGAGUCUCAAGGCAAAUCUUAAACAGGCACCUUCUUCAAGAGGCUUGAAAAAUAUACUUUAUAAUAAUGCCAAAGCCAGACGCAAUGCUCGCAUUAGUCAAAAUCCAAGGGACAGUUUAUACAAGCUAAUUGGUGAUGAUCUAUUAGAGAUUUCUCAUUUGUUUAAAAAAAAGGAACUGGGCCAAAUGAACCAAAUAGCAGCGACUAUGUGGUUUGUCUCUGAUUUCAGCCAUGAAGAUUCUCUAAAGCAAUUUAUUAAUUUAUUGAAGCUAAUAGAACUGGGAGCAUCAAUUCAAGUUCGGGUUUUGAAUUUGGGAAAUACAUCAAUAUUUAAAGAAUUGAUGAAGAAUCUGCAGCAACAGCAGCAGCAGCAACAACAACAACAACAACGAUAUGGAAAUAAUGUUGUUGACUUUUCAGCAUUGACCGAUUCGAGUUUAAGCCAAUUAUAUGAUGUUAUCAGAAAUGGCCAAUUGUCGACGCAAAGAAACGAAACAAUUGUUAAAGCCGUGGAACAUAUGCAACUUCCUACACAGCAUUCGUACAUGCUCCUUAAUUCAAGGUAUUUAAGAAUGGACAUUGUGUACUCAGUAAAUGAUUUGGAAGAGCUUUUAGAAUUUGAAUGGAAGCAACGUUUGAACAUGAUUGAGGAUGUGGUUUCAGCUUAUCCUGAAGCAUUCCACAACUUUGACUUGAUAGACUUUGCACAUGAAAUGUCAAAACUUGGCCACAAAAGUAUCAACGAUUGGUUUGAUCUGUUGUCUAGUGUUGUGACAAAAUCAUUUCACGUUGAUGAUAAAACUUUUGUUGUUGAUGUAAAUAGGUUUGAUUUUGAUUCAGUUGAUAUGUCAAACUCGAUCGAAAUCUUGCCCUAUACUGAAAAAAAGACGGUGGAUGUACUUUUAAUUAUCGACCCCAUGGAUGAAAGUUUUUCGCAAAAAGCAAUAAACAUGAUUGCAGCGAUUGAGUCUUUUUCUUUUGUUAAUAUUAGAAUCUUGUUGCAGCCAGGGAUUAUAGGAAAUGGAGGAGUUAUGGGAAGCGAAACUUUACCUUAUAAAAGGUUUUAUCGCGGAAUAUACCCUUCUUCAAUACCGAUUUUUGGUACAAAUGGUCAAUGGUUACUUGACACCAAGCCAAGUGCUGUUUAUGAGAACCUUCCUUUUGCAAAUUAUCUGCUUAAGACGGAGUACCCUGAGAAAUGGGUAGUCGAAGGAAAUGGUUAUUUUCCUACAAAUAUGGAUCCGGAUUGCUUUAACCCAAGCCUAAGCAACGUUUAUUUCAAUUUCAAAAUGACUGGCUUGUUGGUGGAUGGUUACGCAAGAGAUAUUCACACUGGUCGAACACCAGAGCAAUUGCAAUUAGAGCUUAGCUCAGACAAUAGCAAAACGGAUACUUUGGUGAUGUCCGCUUUAAACUAUUUCCAGAUGAAAGCACCUCCUGGCGUUUCACAAUCUUUAAGUGCAAGCUCAGAUCAUGUACUAUUAUCGGCAUCGAGGAACAAAUACGACUCAAAUGUUGCUAUUGAGGAGCUGCAAACAUUUGAUGUGCCUGUAUUUGAUUUAAGUGGGACUCAGUUGCAUGUGAGAGUGGAUGACACUUUGUCAAAAGCUUUCCUUAAGAGAAAACAGGAGAAUGACAAACUACAAGUGCAAAACCAAAAACGAAAAAGUAAAACUCGCUUUGAUUCCAACUUGAAUAUAUUCACAACCAUUUGCAAGAAACUGGAUGAAAGUCUGGUUGGAAAACUCAUAGCAUCUGUAAGAAAAUAUAAUCCUUCUGCGGAUGUCACUUUUUGGGUACUUUCAAACUAUGCAUCCUCAACUUUCAAAGCAAUGAAAUUACAAUUGGAAACAGAAUACAAUGUGACAAUCGAAUUUGUAACUUACAAGUGGCCAAACUUUGUGAGAAGACAAUUGCUAAAGCAAAAGAUAUGUCAAGGUUACAAAGUAUUGUUUUUGGAUGUGCUUUUCCCGCAAGAGCUUGAAAAUGUUGUAUAUAUGAGUCCUAACCUGAUUUGUCGUGCGGAUCUAAGUACUCUAGUGAAUUUGGAGUUAUACAAUGCACCAUAUGCAUUCCCCUCGAUGUGUGAGGACAAAGAAAAUGGUGACGUUGACAUGUUUUGGAAGCAUGGGUACUGGCAUGAGAUCUUGGGUAAGAAUGGCUUAAAUUACCAUAGUAGUGAGAUGUUUGUGGCAAAUUUAACAAGAAUUAGAGAUUUAGGUAUAGGAAAUGUGCUUAGAUCACACUACCAAAAACUUUCGAGCGACUCGCAAUCUUUGCAUAUAUUAGAUCAGGAUUUGGUGAACAAUCUUCAGGGAAGAAUUAAAAUUGAGACCUUAUCCAAUGUUUGGGGCUGGACUGAUAAAUGGUGCCCUAAAUCCACCUUGCAGGGAGCAAAAAUAAUUACAUACGAAGAAAAUGAAAGUGAUGACGAAAGAGGAAGUAAAGGUCUUGUAGUUAGUCAGGAGAUCCCAGAGUUGAAAGCAUACGAAAAGAAAAUCAAGAUGCUAUACCAAAAUGCUCAAAAUAUCAUUGAAAUAAGUCAAAGACUAGACCCUAAACUUGGUGGUACGGCUGGUGCUGAUGAGGAAGAACAAGCUGGUGAUUUUGUUGAAGAAGCAUCCGAUGGAGAAGAGGGUGGUUGGGAUGACACAGACUACCAUGAUGAGCUUUAG